AUGUGGGGCGCCGAUACCCUACUCAUGGUAUCUCCCCAGGCUCGACGAGAAGUCAUGUCGACACAGGCAUACUCCAAUUUCGAGAGGCCCUGGCCCGCCCGAAAACGGCUCCAGACAACCACGGGUAACGGACUACUCGUGGUUGAGGGUGAAGAGCACAAAUUCCAGAGAAAGGGACUGCUCCCAGCAUUUUCGACGCAACAAAUCCGGAGUCUGGCGCCGGUGAUGUGGGAGAAGUCUGCAGAGCUGAUCCGUGUACUCCGAGAGCAUGUCCAAAACAACCCGGAUGAGGAUGUGAUUAUUCAUAAUUGGGUAUCUCAUGCUGCUCUCGACAUCAUCGGGGUGGCUUCCUGGGGCACGGAUUUCUGCGCUGUCAGCCAGCCUCAGAGUAGGCUUGUCUCGAAAUAUCGUGCGGCGAUAAACCCUCACAAGGCAUCAUUGUUGGAUAUGCUGCUCUUGGCAACGCUUCCGCUGAGCGUGACGCUCUCCCUGCCCACUAAGCGAGCCAAGCAAAUUCGACAGGGCCAGCAAGAGAUGCGAAAAGCCGCCCGGCACGCCGUUCAAGAGCGGAAACAGAGUGGGCUUGAACACCGCAAAGACCUCCUCUCGGUGGCGAUGCGUAGCGGCGUCUUCACAGACGAGAAGCUUGUCGAGACCCUCCUUACUUUUGUCGCUGCCGGCCACGAAACUUCCGCUACCGCGGCCAUGUGGACGUGCUUUCAUCUCGCAUGCCAUCCAGACGUCCAGAGCCAGCUUCGCGAGCAAGUUCGAUCACAGCUUCCAUCGCCUACCGCCGCCGCCUCCGACGCCAAAAUCAACUGGGAUGAACUAGAAGCAAUCCCACUCCUACGUGCCGUAUCCCUCGAGGCGAUGCGCCUGAGCUCACCCGUCGCUGGCUUGCAAAGAGUAGCGAUCCGGGACACUUUCAUCGCCGGUCAGGUGAUUCCCAGGGGGACAAACUUGGUCGAUAAUUUCUGGGCCACAAGCCAGCUCUUCUGCGAUCGGCCCGAGGAGUUUUCACCAGAGCGGUGGUUGGGCGUGGAUGAGGACAAGAGGAGAAAUGGUGCGAUUGGGAAUUUCGAGUACUCGAUGUUUAGCCACGGCACCAGAGCGUGUAUCGGGCAAGGAUUUGCGAGGCUGGAGCAAUUGGCAUUGAUAGCGGCGCUGGUCGGGAGCUUCGAGCUGACGUGUGCUGAUCAUGCAAGGCCAGCGGUGAUACUGGGCGUUACUGCAGCUCCUGUAAAGCCCAUCAAGUUGCGUCUGCGACCUUUGAGCGGGUGGUAA